AUGGGAAACAACCCCAGUAAGUCCAAAGGCGGACUGCAGUCUUACCCUUCCUUCUCACGAUCGGACACACAGGGCUCGACACGGUCCGGUCGGUCCAUCCGGUCACGACUAAGCAGCAUGUCCAACAAUUCAGAGGCAUCUUACAAGACUGCGGGCGGCGAAACCGAACCCCAAAACGUACCGGGAGCACCCACGUCCACACAGGAUCCCGGUAACGUGAGCACCGAACACAUUACUCCAGUGGAUAAUGCCACAUUGCCGCCAUCCAUGCAGCAGAUUGAGCCCAAAGACCCUAUUCUUGUCCGUGCAGAUGGUUCUAGUGGCUCCGCUCACGACACUAACGACGCCCAUUCACAACCCGUGACCCCAGCAGCCGUUCCGUCGGCAGGAUCUUCACCAAAAGACGGAACUCCUGGCCCACUAUCGGCAGACGUGCCCGGCGGCUCGGGAUCUGACUACUUUGCCCGACGACAGCUCUUCUCGCCCCCGCCAGGCACCCCGGCCACCCCCGGAAACGACUCAUUUAACAACUCGGGCGCGUCCACCCCUAACAUCAUUAGCGAAAACAACAUGACGCUCAACAUAGAUGAGGUGAUCCAGCGACUGCUGGAUGCUGGCUACUCGGGAAAAAUCACAAAGGCAGUGUGUCUCAAAAACUCGGAGAUUGCCCUUAUCUGCAGACGGGCCCGGUCCAUUCUGCUGUCACAACCAACGUUGCUCGAGCUGCUGCCACCAGUCAAGAUUGUCGGAGAUGUGCACGGCCAGUUUGGCGACCUCAUUCGAAUGUUCGACAUGUGCGGGUUUCCACCAGCAGCAAACUAUCUGUUUCUGGGAGAUUAUGUGGACCGAGGCAAGCAGUCUCUGGAGACCAUCCUGCUAUUGUUGUGCUACAAAAUCAAAUACCCCGAGAACUUUUUUAUUCUGCGAGGAAACCAUGAGUGCGCGAAGGUCACCCGAGUCUACGGCUUCUACGACGAGUGCAAGCGCCGAUGCAACAUCAAAACAUGGAAGACGUUUGUCGAUACAUUCAACACCCUGCCCAUUGCCGCAGUGGUGGCCCAGAAGAUCUUCUGUGUCCAUGGCGGCCUCUCUCCGUCUCUCAGUAGCAUGUCGGAAAUCAGAUCCAUUGUACGUCCCACGGACGUGCCCGACUACGGUCUGAUCAACGAUCUGCUGUGGUCCGAUCCAGCAGACACACAGAAUGAAUGGGAAGACAACGAGCGAGGUGUCUCCUACUGUUUCUCCAAGGUGGCCAUCAACAAGUUCCUGACGAAGUUCUCGUUCGAUCUGGUCUGCCGAGCACACAUGGUGGUUGAAGACGGUUACGAGUUCUUCAACGACCGUUCACUUGUAACAGUCUUUUCAGCCCCCAACUACUGUGGAGAAUUCGACAAUUGGGGCGCCGUCAUGAGCGUGUCCGAGGAGCUGCUAUGUUCUUUCGAGCUGCUCAAGCCGUUGGAUUCGGCCGCAUUGAAGCAGGAAAUGAAAAAGGGAAAGCAUCAGCGAAGACUGAGUCUAGAAACACGAAGCGCCCCUGCUACGCCUCAGAGCGUCUAG